GACGAGAACAAUCGCGUUGCUUGUAAACGCAUAUUACUAUCAUUAUUAUUAAUUACGUAUGCUAUUUAUUAUUAUAAUUACGACUUGUUUUAGGACUAUAGAGUUGUUGUGUUUGCAUUAUAAUUAUACCACGAAAUUUCACAUCUGUACGCUUAUCCUGAAGCUAUAAAUACGAAUAAAUACUUAAAAUAAUUACGCACUUAAACUAUGGCUAUGAAAUGCGAUUCAGAUGCUUAAGCAUGUAGGAAAAACGCUUUUCCCUUAAAUAUGCUAUUAUUAUGAAUAGCAACAUUUAUCUAUACAGUCUUGUUAGAAUAUUUUCUAUUCAAACUUCCCGUCACGCUGAUCGAUCGACGUCUGGCAAUAUUGAUGACUGGUAAAUGAUUAAAUGACUGAAUAAUCCGCGACACUUGUGUGGCCAAAAACCACAGGACAUUGUAAAAGAAGAAGGAAAACGGACUACACGGCUUUUGCUGGCCCUUGCGCUUCGUUUGCGGAAGCCGGUGUCCAUGCAGCCCUGUAGAGGAUGACAGACUAUUUCUGAAAUCGGACCUUUGUGCCGCAGCAGCGCAGCCUGGAAAGGGAAGUCCCGUCCUUUAAAUAAUCAUCGUUUAUCUCAGUAAUUUAAUGAAAAACAACGUUAGCAUUGUGACACUUUAUAUCAAGCACUGAGCAUCAAUGACAGACUACGUCCAACAGGCUUCAGAAGACUUCAGUCCCGUGGAGAGACGGGAGAUUGAAAACCUCAGAAUGCACAAAAAUGACCUUUUACUUGACAUACAGAAGCUGAAGUCAGAGAUCGAAAGCGUCAUGGCAGACAUACAAAAUUUUGAGGAGUCUGAGGAGAACAAAGUCAAUGAGAGGAAUAAGCAGUUUGCAAGUGGCAAGAAGAAGUUCAACAUGGACCCCAAGAAGGGUAUUCAGUACCUGGUGGACAAUAAGAUCAUGGAGUGGAGGCCCCUGGCAGUGGCGGAGUUUCUGUACAAAGAGGAAGGUCUGAACAAGACCGCUAUAGGUGACUUCCUGGGAGAGAGAGAUGAUAUGAAUAUUCAAAUCCUGAAAGCCUUCCUGGAACUGCAUGGGUUCUCUGACCUGAACUUGGUUCAAGCGUUGAGGCAAUUCCUCUGGAGUUUCCGUCUCCCCGGAGAAGCGCAGAAGAUCGAUCGCAUGAUGGAGGCGUUUGCCAUUCGUUACUGCGACUGCAACCCCGACAUGUUUCAGUCCACAGACACCUGCUACAUCCUGUCUUUCGCAAUCAUCAUGCUGAACACCAGCCUGCACAACCCCAAUGUCAAGGAUAAGACCACGCUGGAGCGUUUCAUCAAUAUGAAUCGUGGUAUCAACAACGGCGGGAACCUUCCGGACGAGUUGCUGAUGAAACUCUACGAGAGCAUCCGGAGCGAACCUUUCAAAAUCCCAGAGGAUGAUGGGAAUGAUCUCACUCACACCUUCUUCAACCCCGACCGAGAAGGUUGGCUUCUAAAGCUAGGUGGCCGUGUGAAGACCUGGAAAAGGAGGUGGUUCAUUCUUACUGAUAACUGUCUCUACUACUUUGAGUACACCACGGACAAGGAACCCAGGGGUAUAAUUCCACUAGAAAACCUGUGCGUCAGAGAAGUGGCGUAUCCACGCAAACCGUACUGCCUGGAGCUGUACAAUCCCAACAGUCGGGGGCAGAAAAUCAAGGCGUGCAAGACUGAAACGGACGGACGGGUCGUGGAGGGCAAGCAUCAGUCAUACAUGAUCUCGGCAGCUACAGCCGAGGAACGCGAUGACUGGAUCGAGUCCAUCAGAGCAAGUAUAACCAAGGACCCUUUCUAUGACCUGGUGACCGUUCGCAAGAGGAAGAUCAUCAACAAUGUGGCUCAGGAGUGAGGAGAACUGCCACCUGGGAUUGUUAAGGAACGUACACCUGGCUGAGGACCAGGGAGGUCCUUAGAUUUGCCUGACUGCAAUACUGACGCUUGGAGAGUUGGACGCAUUAAUGAACAACUGGAUUGGCAGUCAGAAGAUGAAGACGAGAGCCUCCGUGCAGUGGCUUGUGAGAGGAAAAAAAAAAUAUCUUCGUAGGUAGCUAGUAAAUGAAGGAGAUGCGGAUGAGGUUCUAAUACCAGAAACCAUUUCACAUUACUACUGCCGCCCCGCAAGGACCAGUAAGGAGAUCAGAGGACGGAGACUUUUGAAAUAACCUUCCAUGAUCAGGUGGGCAGGUGUUGAUAUGAAAGACCAUUAUGAAGAAUGAAAACUUCCAGUAUUAUAAUGGAGUUAACUGACAAGCUGCAGCCAGGCCGUUGCUCAAACAAACGGCGUGAAAACCCACGGCGCCCACUUCAUCUCGACAAACAUGCUGGCUUUAAAAAAGCUAUUUCAUACGAAAGAAAAACCACUGUACCAAUAUAACGGCGAUCAUUUCUAUUUCCAUUUAUACCCCAGCACGUGAGAGCCACAAAACCUCCUCCUCAUACGGCUCAUGAAAAUGCACAAGGAAGCGUUUCACGUCAUUACCUGUGAAUUCAUGCAAGCCAACAGUUAACGAAAAUAAAAACCAGGAACCUUUUUAGUGUAAGAUAGAAGAAAGAACGAAAUAGAGAAGCGAUCGUCAGGAAGACGAAAGAAUGUCAGGAAAAAACAACUUGUUUUUAAGCGAGCCAUUUUCACUUCCGCCAACUCGCGGUAUAUUUAGCAUCAAACCGUUUGUAGUGAGUGGGGUUCCCAUCAGUUGUAAAGGCGUGUGCGCCACCUUGGCCUACUGAUGUGUGACCGAGACAGAGGGUGUGGGUCUCGUGUCUCCAUCAGCCAUCUGCACCCCCGGCAGAUGCAGCCCAAAAAGCCACACAAACGCCGCCUGCCGGAUGGAAGGAAGAGCUGGUGGGAUUUAAAUCCCUGAGGGUAAACUACGUAACUUUGUGAAAAAGGAACGUAAUGUUUGUUUUUGUUUCUAAACAAUAAAUAAACUGGCGCGCUUAUGUGAGACCAGCUACACAGUGCUGGGCAAAAAAUUUCAAAUGUGGAAGUAUUCACACUGAGAUGAUUCUACACUGUAAGAAUUCUACAUUUUUAAAGUGGUUUGCUCUUUAAAAAUGUGAGUUCUAAGCAUGCACACAUACACAAACCCUGUAAUAUUUUGUCUGUAGAAUGACUUGUGUUUGACGUUCAGGCCUAUAUUUAUUUUGGAUUUAAAAAAAACUGUAAACGCUUAAUGUAUUCACAUCCUACUGUUGGCUUCGGCAGUUUUGUAUAUGUCACUAUUUUUACUUAUGUAGUUUUAUUAUUAUUUUACAUUAAUUAUGUAAAGGUUCUUCCAUUAUUUUCACUUUCGAGGUUAAAUACCUCCAUGUAAAUACAGAAACUAUUUAUUAAAUAAAGUGGUCUAUUGCACUAUGUUGAA